UUUAUUGUCGCUUUCAGGCUUCUUUUGAGUAUCUUUCUGACUGGUUUUGCAUAUGAAGUUCGUCAAGUAUCGUCUUCAAAUGAGGCUGCUCAGCAAACCUUGGACACACUUGAGCUGACAAACUGCCGCGACGAGCUCAAAGACCGAUUAGCAUGUCUCCGGUACAAUUAUCGCACUAUUAACGGCUCAUGCAACAAUUUGUGUAACAUAACUCAGGGAGCAACUGGAAGACCACUACGACGUUUCCGUAAUCUCGGUGCGGAAUAUGAACCACCAAAUGAUCAACCUCGAAGUAAAACAGUGAAUAACCAGCCCUUGCCAAAUCCAAGGCGAAUAAGCCGAGUUGUCUUUCGUAGCAAUAAUAGAGAUGUAAACGGCAUCAGACCGGAUUUCACUCACAUAACCAUGACCUGGGGACAAUUCUUAGAUCAUGACGUCACUCUGACAGAGCUGACACCAAAUGUGGAGUGCGGGGGCAACGAUGAACCGUGUGUAACCAACAACGAUGAUUGCAUUGGAAUUCCUUUGAAUGGCAAUAACGGUAACGAUAGAUUGGAAUUUAAUUUAACAGCAGAGUGUAUACCCCUGAGAAGGUCCCUAAGGGUAGACUCGCAACAGGUAGGUCAUAGAGAAUAAGAACAAUAAUCUUGCAUCAUUAAUUAUAAAUGCAUGCCUGUGUUUAUAGCUUCACGGAAAAGCACUGCCGUGAAGAAUCGCUGGAAUUUUAGUAUUGAUUAAUCUCACAGUCGGUAUACUCUUGCUUUUGCAGCGUGAGACUGCUGAUAGUAACCCGAUAAAGGUGGCUCUACCGGGGGGGGGGGGAGGUGUCUCCAAGGAAAUCUGUGGUACAGUCCGCCUGAAGGCCAUCGCCAUCGUAAAUUAUUCUAGACUGUUGACUGUUACUGUAAUGUAAAGGGAUUAAGAUAAUGAUUAUGAAGAUGAUGAUGACGAGCACGAGAACGACGACGACGACGAUGAUGAUGAUGAUGAUGACCAUGAUCAUGGCAUCUUUGCUAUCUAGAAUCAAUUAUCAAGUUGUUUUGUGGCCUCUGAGGCGCCUUAAUUUGAGCAAGCGUAAUUCAAGGUCAUGAUUCUUUUAUUUUCCUGAACUAUCAGCUUCAAAGCCUAAUGUUACAAUUUGUUGAGUCUCUUGCAAUCUCAGCUUAAGUGCAAAAGACAAUUACAUUGUGUAUCCAUUUUAUCAACGACCAUCAUCAUCAACAGCAUCGAUCAUCAUGCAUGGGUUGUUCUUCCUGUUAGGUAAAUGAGAUCACGUCUUACAUCGAUGCCUCACAAGUGUACGGAUCGGAUGAAGCUUUGGCAUUGAGGCUUCGAGACACAAAAGCAAACCUAGGGUUCUUGGAUGUGAGUCCUUACAUCAACACUAAUGAUAGACCCAGGCUACCAGAUGCCGAAGCAGAAGCUUUCUGCAGAUCAACAGAUCGCAGUAGCAGACCGUGCUUUCUUGCUGGUGACAUAAGAGUGAACGAGAAUCACGGUAAACGUUUAAAUGAUUCUAAGUUUCAGAGACUAGUAUUUAUUGCUGGCAAUCACUUAUAUUUAACUAAAGAGAACAAAUAAGAACAAAAAAAAACUAAAUAAGAACGGUAAAGGUAUUAAAUCAGAGUUCAACUGACGUGCUCUGAAUUUCCCGGUUUGUGUUUACUGUGCAUAAAAAGUGGAAAAGAAGCUAAAAGCAAUAUUAAUUGUGUGUAUCUCACACCUUUCGGUGAUCAAGCUGGACCCGCGCUGAUUCGGCCGGACUUGUAGCCGUCAGAGCUGUUAAUAAGCAUUAAUAUAAAGCUUGUGUAACUAACCUUUUCGCUGUUCCUCUCUUUUUAUUUAACAGCUUUGAUGGCGAUGCACUUGCUAUGGGUACGUGAGCACAAUCGUAUCGCAAAAGUAUUGCACGUGCUCAAUCCUCACUGGGAUGACGAGAGGCUAUAUCAGGAAGCACGUAAGAUUGUUGGGGCUGAGAUUCAACACAUAACUUACAAUGAGUGGCUUGUAGUUCUUUUCCCAAGUAGAGAAUUGGUAAGAAAAUGGUAAAAAUAUGUUUACGCCAGUUUUCUUUUCAAGACAAAAUCCUUUUCAGGAGAAAAAUAGAUAAAUAAUAAUUGCGGCUUGGUACACACAAAAACGUUUACACGCACACACUGACUCGCUCUGUACCCAGCCUCAAGGAUUCGUAGCUAAACGCUGAUGGUAGCUGACUAAUCCACCUUUUGUUGUUGACAAAGCAACAGUCGGAAUUAGACAAUUUGUGGAUCUUUUAAUUUCCUUACAAUUAUAGAGAUGUUUUAUUUUUUUCAAGUCAAAUGUUUAAUUUCCUAGAAUGUUUACAAAUCUACCUACGGCUGUAAUUCAUACCACCUGCAAGCAUAAUUUUAAUGAACUCGGCACACAGUAGGAUAAUCGUUUCUCCCAAAGAGCUUUUUCGAGUAUUUGCUCAUUGCGCAUGCUAUAAUUAUAAGUGAUUAUGAUCCAUUCAAAAUAUUUCGCCGUUUCUAAUUGGCUUCAAUUCUCUCGCUAAUUCUUUAUUCAGCGCUGACCAUAUAUGGCAGAUACUUUAAUAUACCAUCACAACCUCGUUUUCAGGUAGCUGUCGCCAGGUAAACCAUUAGGUUUUCAGUAUAGCUGACCACCAUUGUACCAAUUAGUUUUCGUUUAAAAUACAGGCGAAGAACGGUAAAGAGCGAAAAAAAUAUAACAAAUUAAACAAUAACUGCAAAAUAAGAAAAAGAAAAAAAUUCUACGAAAAAAGAAGGGUUCUUAAGAAGUUAGAAUAUAGUUUUGAAUGACUAAUAUUAAUAAAUACAAUUAUUGAAUUCGACUUUCGUAUGAUAUGAAGAGUUAUGCAAAUCCCGCAGACCGUUUUCACUCUCCUCGAUCUGCAUAAUUUGUCCGAGUCCAGCAUUCAAUAAUAGCUAAUUACGUUUUGUUUAUACUUCUGUUGCAGAGAAGACAAAAUGGUCUUUUGUUGGAGCCUAAAGGUAGCUUCUUCACCCAAUAUGAUCCCACAAUUAAUGCGGAAAUGUUCAACAGCUUCUCUACAGCCGCUUUCAGAAUGGGCCAUACUCUGAUUCGCGACACUUUCGCUCUUUUGAGCCCCAACUUCAACCGUACAGCAUUUGACUCACCAAAUGAAUUAGACACGAGAGACUUCUUCAACCCAGAUCGAUUCUAUCAGCUAGGAGACAACGCAUAUGGAGGAAUUUUGCUUGGGCUGUUAAGGAAUUUUGCUCGAAAUUUUGAUGCGUAAGUUAAAAAUCCGUUAUGAAAUUAUAUGCUCUCGAACGACCUCUCAAGGGCCAGUUUUAUCUAGGCAGAGUCUCCUUGAUCACUGAAAUCUUUAACCAGUUGACCAGAAUUGUUUUAAACCAGUUAAACCAGUUGGGUAAAAAUUUAUUUUCUGAUCUCCGCCUACCCUGGUAAUCCCGUGGAUAGUGAUAACGGCUCCGGUACACAAGUCAUAUAUUAGCAUAAUUGGCUUACGGCACUAAAAUUCGAGAUUCAGAUUGGGUAGUUCUGACACGCUGUCAGGUUGCGAGAGUUCGGUAGGACUGACGCUCUGGGAAUAAUAGCCUAGUGCUCUCUGUCACUAUACAAAUUCCGGAUCAGGCUUUUCUUAUGGUGGAAGUCUGCGGGCUACAUGGAGGUAUGGAACUCCAGGUAGGUAUGGUAAAUAACCAGCUUAGGAGGGGUAACCCGCCUGUCCAUAUAAUUUUUCAUAUGGACACCCCACCUAUCACGUAAACCUUAUCAAAUUAAAAUGAGAGAAUAAAGGCGAGUUACCCCACCUAAUUAAGGUGGUUACCUCUCCUACCUGGGGUCCCCCACCUCCGUGUAAACAGGCCCAUACACGAAUGGCGUUGUGCUGUUGCCGUGCCGAACUAAAUUCACUUAUGUAUUUUGACUAGGUUAAAACAAGUAGAAAACAUUUUAAAAGUUGAUUAAACCUUUUAUUAUUAUUAUUGUUAUUAUUAUUAUUAUUAUUAUUAUUAUUAUUAUUAUUAUUAUCUCGCAGUAUAAAACUUUGGAAUGCUUUCAACAUUAUGAGUAGUAUAGGGCGCAUAACGUAACCUACACCACUUGAGAAGCUAUACUUAGAAGCAAAACAAGGUCGGUGCGAAACCUAAUACAAUCUUAAUAUACAUAAUGAUAUGAAUCUCUCUACUUAAAAAGCCAAUUUAACAUAUUAUUAAAUUCUUAUACUCUUGUAAAACCUACGCAAAAACAUGAUGAUAUAAUUAUCUCUAGAAGCCUGUUUAGAAAAUUAUUUAGUUUUUAUACUCUCAUUAUCUUUUAUAUACCUAAACAAGGCCAUCAUAAUAUGGUUAUCUCUAGUAAAAGCCUAUUUAGAACAAUAUGAAACUCUAAUACUCUAAAAAAAACCUACUGAAAACAUCAGCAAACUUGUGUUUCUGGAUUUCUAGAGGAAAAAAAAGAAAACCUAAAAACUGGAGUCCUUAGCGCCCUAACUAAGUAUUAUUAUUAUUAUUAUUAUUACUAUUGUUGUUGUUGUUAUUAUUAUUAUUAUUAUUAUUAUUAUUAUUAUUAUUAUUAUUUCUAUGCUUCAUUUUUGAAAACAGCUAUUUUAUUGAAACCAUGUCAUAGCACGGCACGCCGGCAGUAGAAAUACGUUUGAAACUGGAAUGCUUUUGAGUAAAAAACAGACUACACUGUAUUAUAUGUCAAGCCAAAAAAAAUAACCACGAUAAAAAUUAAAUGGACAUUAAGUUUCUUUUUUUUUUUAAUCGAAAGGAAUUGUAGAUAGUGCUUUAACUGCCGAAAGUUGUUUAAGCGAAAUAAAUUGUAAACAGGAUUUUAUAGUUAGCUUUGUUAUCAAUAAAGUUUCCAUUUAUUAUUUUUAAAAACCGUUAUAAUAUAUAUAUCUUUAUUUUUUGAUGUGGUAUAAUUUUUUUUUUCAGAAACUUUGUUCCAGCCGUACGAGAACGGCUCAUCAUUGAAGGACCAAAUUUUGAUGGCAUCGUUGGUGAUCUAGCAGCAGUAAACAUUCAGCGCGGAAGAGAUCAUGGCUUACCAGCUUAUGUGAAAUUCCGAGAAGCGUGCGGAGGGAAGCCAGCAUAUAGCUUUGCUGAUAUUGCUGAUACUGUUACUGACGCUCAAAUAAUAAGACUGAUGGACGUUUAUGGCGCUAACGGGGUGCAAGACGUCGAUUUGUUUGCGGGUGGUAUAAGUGAGCGACAGCAACCUGGUAGCGUACUUGGUUUUACCUUUACCUGUAUUAUGACCGAGCAAUUCAGAAAUUCACGUGUUGGCGACCGCUUUUGGUACGAGAGAGAUGAUCAUCAGACGGGUUUUACCAUCGAACAACUUGACCAAAUACGACACACUUCUCUUGCCAAAGUUAUCUGUGAUAAUACCGAUGAUGUUCGUCGAAUACAUCCGUGGGUCUUCUUACACAGAGACGCAGCACAAGCCCAAGGAAUCAAUAAUAAUGCAGUAUUCUGCGAUGAUCUGCCGUUUGCCGACUUGACUGUUUUUAAAGAUGGUGAGUAUAUACUAUUCAUCAACUGUCAGUGAAAGUCUUUACAGACAUUGUUGUACACAUAGUGAAGAUUAUGUGAUGAGGUUUAUUAUCAUGAAUUCUAUCAAGCUGUUCCAGGCAUAUACGAAAAAGCGUUAAAGGUCAAAAUUUAGAAUAAGGUUACACUUAGACAGGCGGUAGUGAGAAAACAGCCAGUUAGUUAAAUAGUCAAAUUUGUUGCUAAUAUCACAAUGACAUGGUAAGUAGCAUUGUGACGCAACUUUAAAGUGAUUUAAGUUAUUUGGAAAUUGUUUAUUACCUCAUUUAUUACCGUUACUAAAAAUAUAAGAUUUGAAAUUUAUUUACAAUUUUUUCAAAUUGAAACAUGCAAUUUUUUUAAAAUAAUUGUAUAGCUGUUAGUUAAUCCAAUAUUGUCACUGAGCAAAGCUAUUAUCCUUUAAUUUGUACGUUAAUUUUGAUAGUUUCAGAUAGGGCUUUCCUUUACAAAUAGGCAAACUGUCCAAUUUAAGAAAAAUAGGACAGCUAGUCUGAGCCAAUCAAAUGCCAGAAAAUACAAUAGGCAAUGCAAACUAGCCAAAAAGCGCAAAGUCCCUGUGACUAACGCGUCAAAAAAAAGUUUCUUUGGCUGAAGGCGGUUCGCCGGUGAACACUCUUGGCAUCUUGUUGCUGUGAAUGACGUUUUGUUUUGUUGCUGUUUUGUUUUGGCUUCUUGUCUGGGCCAUUUAAAAGGAAAAUUUAUGACCAAACUAAUAAAAGUUUGUAUCGGAAACAAUCAACGCAUAGAUUCUUGAAAAUGUACAAGCACUGAAACUUUGGAAAAGAAUAAGAAAACACUUGUACCUGUGUUUAGAUGUUAGCAUUACAUGCAAAAACAAACGGACACGGUCUGCGGAAAUCUUUUGAGGUAAUGAAUGAAAUGUUUAUUUUUCAUUCAUUGUAUUUAAUUUAAGUAUUUGCAUUGUUAGAGGCUCCGAAAAUCUGGCUCAGGAGAUGCUUUUCACCUGUAGCACUGUAUCAGCAUUCAGAUCAUUGAAGGAGCUUUCAAAAUUUUAAUUGCUAACAAAAUGCCAAAGUAUUAAAGAGCAAUUAUACUAGUUCUACGUUUGUUUAUCUGUAAAGAAUCACUGAGUGACUCAUAAAAACAAAUCUUUUUUAGAUCUUGCAGUGUGUUUUUGUUUCAACUGCAAACGGUUCGAAUGUACAAUAUUUCGCGUCUGUGAAACGCUAAAAAAAUCUAGAUUAACUAACCAGCUAUAUAACUAGGGUAUCUAAAAGAUAGUAAUGCUGCGGCACAUUCUAUUGAUACUGGCAUUAGUCAGGCAGUGGGACUUAAAAGAAUCGAAAAUGACAUUGAAUGUCCUAUUUACAUGUUGGAAAGUAAUAAUUACCAUCAGUCUAUAGAAAGAACUCGUGGGAACGUUGUUUACAAAAUGAUCAUUACGACAAGUGGUUAUCAACUCUGGUUUUCCCACAGUAAAUUGUAGGAAAUGAUAGAAAUUCAGAUUGUUUAUCCAUAUAUUUAAUAUAGGGUGUACUAUCUUUUUUUCUUCACCCAAUAUGAUCCCACAAUUAAUGCGGAAAUGUUCAACAGCUUCUCUACAGCCGCUUUCAGAAUGGGCCAUACUCUGAUUCGCGACACUUUCGCUCUUUUGAGCCCCAACUUCAACCGUACAGCAUUUGACUCACCAAAUGAAUUAGACACGAGAGACUUCUUCAACCCAGAUCGAUUCUAUCAGCCAGGAGACAACGCAUAUGGAGGAAUUUUGCUGGGGCUGUUAAGGAAUUUUGCUCGAAAUUUUGAUGCGUAAGUUAAAAAUCCGUCAUGAAAUUAUAUGCUCUCGAACGACCUCUCAAGGGCCAGUUUUAUCUAGGCAGAGUCUCCUUCUUGAUCACUGAAAUCUUUAACCAGUUGACCAGAGUUGUUUUAAACCAGUUAAACCAGUUGGGUAAAAAUUUAUUUUCUGAUCUCCGCCUACCCUGGUAAUCCCGUGGAUAGUGAAAACGGCUCCGGUACACAAGUCAUAUAUUAGCAUAAUUGGCUUACGGCACUAAAAUUCGAGAUUCAGAUUGGGUAGUUCUGACACGCUGUCAGGUUGCGAGAGUUCGGUAGGACUGACGCUCUGGGAAUAAUAGCCUAGUGCUCUCUGUCACUAUACAAAUUCCGGAUCAGGCUUUUCUUAUGGUGGAAGUCUGCGGGCUACAUGGAGGUAUGGAACUCCAGGUAGGUAUGGUAAAUAACCAGCUUAGGAGGGGUAACCCGCCUGUCCAUAUAAUUUUUCAUAUGGACACCCCACCUAUCACGUAAACCUUAUCAAAUUAAAAUGAGAGAAUAAAGGCGAGUUACCCCACCUAAUUAAGGUGGUUACCUCUCCUACCUGGGGUCCCCCACCUCCGUGUAAACAGGCCCAUACACGAAUGGCGUUGUGCUGUUGCCGUGCCGAACUAAAUUCACUUAUGUAUUUUGACUAGGUUAAAACAAGUAGAAAACAUUUUAAAAGUUGAUUAAACCUUUUAUUAUUAUUAUUGUUAUUAUUAUUAUUAUUAUUAUUAUUAUUAUUAUUAUUAUUAUCUCGCAGUAUAAAACUUUGGAAUGCUUUCAACAUUAUGAGUAGUAUAGGGCGCAUAACGUAACCUACACCACUUGAGAAGCUAUACUUAGAAGCAAAACAAGGUCGGUGCGAAACCUAAUACAAUCUUAAUAUACAUAAUGAUAUGAAUCUCUCUACUUAAAAAGCCAAUUUAACAUAUUAUUAAAUUCUUAUACUCUUGUAAAACCUACGCAAAAACAUGAUGAUAUAAUUAUCUCUAGAAGCCUGUUUAGAAAAUUAUUUAGUUUUUAUACUCUCAUUAUCUUUUAUAUACCUAAACAAGGCCAUCAUAAUAUGGUUAUCUCUAGUAAAAGCCUAUUUAGAACAAUAUGAAACUCUAAUACUCUAAAAAAAACCUACUGAAAACAUCAGCAAACUUGUGUUUCUGGAUUUCUAGAGGAAAAAAAAGAAAACCUAAAAACUGGAGUCCUUAGCGCCCUAACUAAGUAUUAUUAUUAUUAUUAUUAUUACUAUUGUUGUUGUUGUUAUUAUUAUUAUUAUUAUUAUUAUUAUUAUUAUUAUUAUUAUUUCUAUGCUUCAUUUUUGAAAACAGCUAUUUUAUUGAAACCAUGUCAUAGCACGGCACGCCGGCAGUAGAAAUACGUUUGAAACUGGAAUGCUUUUGAGUAAAAAACAGACUACACUGUAUUAUAUGUCAAGCCAAAAAAAAUAACCACGAUAAAAAUUAAAUGGACAUUAAGUUUCUUUUUUUUUUUAAUCGAAAGGAAUUGUAGAUAGUGCUUUAACUGCCGAAAGUUGUUUAAGCGAAAUAAAUUGUAAACAGGAUUUUAUAGUUAGCUUUGUUAUCAAUAAAGUUUCCAUUUAUUAUUUUUAAAAACCGUUAUAAUAUAUAUAUCUUUAUUUUUUGAUGUGGUAUAAUUUUUUUUUUCAGAAACUUUGUUCCAGCCGUACGAGAACGGCUCAUCAUUGAAGGACCAAAUUUUGAUGGCAUCGUUGGUGAUCUAGCAGCAGUAAACAUUCAGCGCGGAAGAGAUCAUGGCUUACCAGCUUAUGUGAAAUUCCGAGAAGCGUGCGGAGGGAAGCCAGCAUAUAGCUUUGCUGAUAUUGCUGAUACUGUUACUGACGCUCAAAUAAUAAGACUGAUGGACGUUUAUGGCGCUAACGGGGUGCAAGACGUCGAUUUGUUUGCGGGUGGUAUAAGUGAGCGACAGCAACCUGGUAGCGUACUUGGUUUUACCUUUACCUGUAUUAUGACCGAGCAAUUCAGAAAUUCACGUGUUGGCGACCGCUUUUGGUACGAGAGAGAUGAUCAUCAGACGGGUUUUACCAUCGAACAACUUGACCAAAUACGACACACUUCUCUUGCCAAAGUUAUCUGUGAUAAUACCGAUGAUGUUCGUCGAAUACAUCCGUGGGUCUUCUUACACAGAGACGCAGCACAAGCCCAAGGAAUCAAUAAUAAUGCAGUAUUCUGCGAUGAUCUGCCGUUUGCCGACUUGACUGUUUUUAAAGAUGGUGAGUAUAUACUAUUCAUCAACUGUCAGUGA